AUGGCACAGUCAACAUUGGAGUCGCUGGCAUCCACGAUCUAUGCGAGUGCAACGGAGCUUGCCGCUAUCGCAAAGGAGAAUGGAAUCACUCCGAGCCUUGAUGACCCUGUCAAAUCGGAUCUGUCCAGCGUAACACCUUUGGGUCUUCGUAAUGGGCUUAUUCAGGCUGCAAAAGACUUGAUUCAUUUGACCAUGGGUCCUGCAGACCAUGUUCUCAGUCUUGCGUGGUCGGCCACAGACGCAGCGAAUCUUGACCUUCUGACGCGUUUCGAAGUUCCACAGCACGUUCCAAUCCACUCAACCAUAUCUCUGCCCGAGCUGUCCAAAGCCACUCGACUGCCAGAGGAUGCCUUGACUCGUGGUGUGCGCUACGGCAUCGCCAAUGGACUCUUUCGCGAAACCGAGCCCGGUCGCAUCGCCCAUUCUGCUGCUUCUGCUGCCUUAGCGAACAAUAUUCACUUAAGAAACAUUGUCCACUUUGGUACCGAGUUCCUGCAGAAUAUAUUGAUGAAAAUUCCUGAAACAAUGCUCUUGCAAACGGAUGAAUCAACUGACAAGGUGCCCGAAACUGCUUUCAACCUGGCUUAUCGAACGGAGGAGAAUUUGUUCCAAUAUUUUGCACACUCAAAGGUGCUCAAUAGGAAAUACCACGAAUAUUUGAUGGGUCGUGUCAACACCCCUUUGUGGUCGACCGAUAAACUUGGGGCUGCUUGGGACUGGUCCAGCCUGGGAUCCAAGACCAUCAUCGAUUCAAAGGUUGGCGGCUCAUCUGGCCAUACCGUCCUGACUAUUGCGCCCUUGGCACCCAAUGCUCAAUUCAUAAUUCAAGACAACAACACCGACGCGUUGAAUAUGGGCAGAAAGCUUGUACUUCGUUCACCAGACUCGAGCAUGCGGUCACGAAUCACUUUCGAGCAGCACAAUUUCUUUGAGGAACAGCCAGUCGUUGCGGACGGUUAUAUAUUUCGACACAUUCUCCACGAUUGGAGUGACGCGGAUUCCGUCGCCAUUCUCGAGGCGCUUCUUCCCGCGCUCAGGCCGGGUGCAAAGGUCUUCAUUAGUGAAGGAAUCCUUCCAGAUCCACCAGCAAAGCGAAUUAAUGCCUUGACAAACAAGAUGAUACUAAUCGAAGAUCAGUUCAUGCUCGCUGCUCAUAAUGCCCGAGAACGGACUAGUUUGAGUUUCGGUGAUAAAUUGAAUGGUGUAUCACCGACAUUCGGUCAGCAAGACAAGACUGUUAUCGUAGAACUAGGAUGCUUGAAGUUUUAA